UUUUAUUGCAGAUACUGCGAUGGGUUACAAGCUUAAUUCGCAAAAGAACUUCAAAGUUGACUACGUCGAGGCUGUAGAUAAGAUUGCAUCUAUUGUGCAAAUGCGCUUCACAAAUGUAUGGUUAUCAUCUGAUUCAAUUUUCAAAUUAACUAAGUCGGGCAAAGAGCACGACCAUUCACUUCAAAUCAUACAGGAGUUUGUCAACAAGGUAAUUGUAAAAAGAAAAGCCGAAUGGAAAAGCGAUACCAACUUCAACAAUUCAAAGAAGAGACGGGCCCUGCUGGAUUUAUUAUUGCAAAUAUCACAAAAUGGCACUGUCCUUUCGGACGAAGACAUUUGUGAGGAAGUAAAUACUUUUAUGUAUGCUGGACACGAUACGAUGGCCACUACCAUAUCAUGGACACUUUAUGCACUAGGACGAAACCCCGAAUACCAGCAAAAAAUUUUAGAGGAAUACAAUGAUAUGGUGGUGGACACGGAUGAAAUUACAUUGGAAAAUAUACACAAAUUAACAUGGUUGGAAGCUUGCAUCAAGGAACAGUGGAGAUUAUAUCCUGUGACUCCACUUAUAGCAAGACAAAUUUACAAACCAAUCGAAAUAAUGGGCAGUCAAAUUCCACCGGGCUCGACAGUUCUCAUCAACUCCUAUUUACUACAUCGUGACGACCGUUUUUUCCCAGAGCCGCACAUUUAUCGUCCGGAGCGAUUCUUGCCCGAUGGCCCCAAGUUACCUCCUUACGCUUUCAUACCCUUUAGCGCUGGUUCGCGCAAUUGCAUCGGCUGGAAAUUUGCCACAUUAGUGGUUAAAGUGGCCAUCUUAUCUGUGCUGAAAGCCUUCCGUGUGGAAGCUCUCGAUAAAGAGGAUGAAUUGCGUUUUAUAUCGGAAUUGGUGUUAGUCAACGCAAACGGACUUCGUCUUAAAAUCACACCGCGUUAAAAUUACACUGCGAACAUCCUUCUCUUCUUUUCUCUCCGUGCUAUGGAAAAAAUCAAUGCUGAGAAGAAUUCAUUAGUGCUUAGUUAAAUUUCUCUUUUCUGUAAUCACUCAAAUGUUUCGAAGCAUUUGUAGCGCCAAGUAGAUACUG